CACUUCUUCUCCUACAUUUGAGGCCAGGCAGUAAUAUUUUCAUACAAGCGAUUUUUACGGGAGUUUUUGGAAGUAAUUUCCGUAGCACUGCCUGCCAUGUCUCUUCGUUUCACUCCCCAAACCAACUACUCUUCAGAAACCUCCAAUACCUCCAAGAAAACCCCACAACCUCACCUCCGCAAUGGCGCUCCAUCCGCCCCAGGUCUCCCCGAUACUCUCCGCUCCUCGCUCACGGCAGCCCCAGAAACGCCUGGCCUGCAGAAAACCAACUCAACGCACCCUCUUGAAGCCCGCUUGUUGAAUUGGCGCCAAACACAAGAUGCUUUGAAGAUGGAGUCUAUUCGGCGGAUUCAUGGCAUGGCGGAGCCAGUACGUCGAGGUAUGGAGAUGAAGAUUGUUCGUGAUAGUCAGUGGAAGCCAGCAGUCCUAGGUGGGAAUAUGCAUGGAAGUAUACACGAGGAUAUUUUGGCCUUGGGAGGGCGGGAGACGGAAGUUACUUGGGAAGACGUGUAUCCUGGAGAUGAGCUUCGCGAGCCUCCUAGCUUCCAUGACGAGCUGGAGCAUAGAUUGAAGAUGAACUAAUGCCUCAGUUUAUCAUAGAGAAGCGGGUUCAUUUUCCAAUGUCAUGUCCGUCAAUUUGCGAGAUGAAUACAAUUUGAGUAUUCAAGACAAUGAAAAUCCAUAUUCUAACUCCAGUCUGGACGCUCUUAAUGUUCAGGCGACGUAUUUACGAGAAACUUGUUUAUUCCAUCCACAUUGCCAGGACGUCUCUAUAUAUUAAUGAAUGA